GCCAUGCUUGAGGAUCAUCAUCAUCAACAGCGGCUGCCGGCCGAAAGGCGCGGCCCCGACAGCGGUCCUUGGCGCGCCCUUCCCCCGGCGCGGUGGUGGUCGCCGUGGCCCACAGUAUCGCAGGGGCCGCACGAAGUGGUGCUCGGGCGCCGCAGCAGCAGCAGCAGCAGCCGCGAUGGGGGUGGGGAAGGUGUCCUGCCCGUGGUGCGUGGCGUUGGGCUUUGCCGUCGUCACCGUUGUGGUGCUCGUCAGGCGAAACCAGACGUUCCGCUACUUCUUCCGCUUGACUACCUACUACGUGCUCAUGUCGGCGGUGUGCGCGCUGGCAUGCGUGCCGUCCGUGUUCAGGCCCUUCGACCCAGCAAACAUGGUCAUGAUCAGUCAUGGCCUCAGGCGUCUUACGUGGGCCAUAGGCGUGGGGGUCGUGCUUCGCCACAGAGAGCGCAUACCCAGAGACAGAAGAUUCAUAUUGGUCGUCAACCACCAGUCCAGCCUGGACGUGUUCGGGCUGCUGCACUUUUGGCGCGAAUUCCAUCCAUGCGUGCCUGUCAUGAAGCGUGAGCUGCUCUACACGGGCCCGCUGGGGUUGGCGUGCUACUUGGCCGGCUCCGUUUUCCUAGACCGUGGCAAUUCGCAGCAGAGCCGCCGAGCGCUCAACGAACGCCUUGAGGAUAUCAAGAACGGCAAGGCGAGCUUCCUGUUGUUUCCCGAAGGGACUCGGAACGCAGAACCCAAGAUGCUGCCAUUCAAGAAAGGCGCAUUCCACAUGGCAGUGAACAGCCAGCUAUACGAUGGUGUUCUGCUGCUGAGCACGGGACCAAGUCAUGGGUUCAACUACUGGUGA